GUUUUUGAACAAACUUAUGACGGCCAGUGUCUCUUCUAGUCCUUGCUGGAACCCUGAAGACUCUCUAAGAUGGAAUGUUUGGCGGGCUUCGCACCACCACUGGCUGCUGCUACUAUGCGCCCAUCUCUAACAUGCGCCUUCAAGAAAACCAAAAAUGGCGGCUUGAGAGCGAAGCUUAACGACGUAGACGAGGACCCACUAUAUCAAUCCGCUCUAUAUCGCGCUUCUCUUCGUUUUCAGGAGACCCAUCUUUCAGAGCCUCUUUUUGUCGAUGCCUAUGCUGGGUGCUUUCUUCCUUCUAAUAUUGAGACGGAUAUGAAGCACCGCUUGCACCAUUACUGCCUUGCAACUAAGUUCAUUGAUGAUAAGUUGCUUAGUACAAUGAACAAUAUUGAUGGAGUUAAGCAGGUUGUUUUGUUGACAGAUGGCAUGGACACUCGGCCUUAUAGGCUCAGCUGGCCAACUUCAACCUUAAUAUUUGACAUAUCUCCAGAAAGUGUAUUCAGAAGAGCAGCUCAAAAGCUUGACGAUGUCGGAGCUAAGAUUCCAAGAAGCUGCUUGCUACUUCAUGCUCCACUGGAAACCUCUAAUAUUCAAGAAACUUUGUGCAGUAAAGGAUUCAGUGGUAAUCGGCCUAGUAUAUGGGCAUUUCAGGGUCUCCCUGUGAUGACACUCGCAAAUUUUGAAGAGAUAUUAUUCAUUGUUAGUAGUUUGGCCAUGAAGGGAUGUCUUCUUUUGGGAGAAUUUCCUGCUUGGUUGACUGAAACUAAAGUCGGGGUCAAGUGCUCAAAGGAAUGGAUGGACAGGCUUUUCAUGAGCAAUGGUUUCCGAGUGGACAUGAUUGGGUACGAUGAAGUCGCCAGGAACCUAGGUAAAGAACCAGCAUCAGGAGACUACAAAAACAUACUUUUCGUUGCAGAACAUUUGCGAUUUUCUGACAAUCAGAUGGAAACCUGGAGGAGAGAAUUUCAAAGGGUAGAGGAAGAAGGUGAUGAAGAAGGAUUUGAGGAGCUCUAAAUGUAAAAUGAAUCAUAUAUAUAUAUAUAUAUAUAUAUAUAUAUAUAUAUAUAAUCGAAAUACUCUAAACAUAAAAAAUUAUUAAUAUAAUAUGGAUAAACUCUUUUCGACAUUGAUAUAUAAAACAUUCAAUUCCUGUGUU